UUUAUGAAUUUCAGAUCAAAAAUGUUGCAACGAUUUCGACCGUUUGUUCGCACUAACAAUCUUCUGAGAAUGCACAGAACGGAAGUUUUACACGUUGAAAACUGCGCUAAAUGUGCUCGAACAUUAUUUCAAUCUUCCUUCAGUCCUGGACCCAUGAGGAAUAGUAAAAUUGGGAAAAAGAAAUUUGAGAUUGAAAAAAGCCAAGUUGAGGUCGAUGAUGGAGAUGUUUUCGGAGAUAUACAAAAAGAUGUUACUGAGAAGAUUGCCAGUGAUUUUAUGUUUGAAGAGGACGAUGACGAUGAGCAGGAUCGACAUGAAUCCAAAGUCAGUGAUAUUUACAGACCAGGGAAACAGUUCUACCUGCGCCGGAUGAACGAGCUCUUGAAUGAGAGGAAUGACUUAAAGGGAGCUCUGGACGUUUUAGAGAUUGAGAUGAAAGAAGAACUGGUUCAGCCUGAACAGCCGCACUACCGAGUUCUUAUCCAUGCUUGUGCUAAGGCCGGUCAUCUUUUAAAAGCUUUGAGCUUACACAGGGAGUUCAAAGAACGAGGUUUAAAGUUUCAUAUUGGCAUCUACACAGAUCUAUUCCUAGCCUGUACUAACUCAUAUUCUAGAGAAUUGGGUUUGGAAAAAGCAACAAGUCUGCUCAAUGAAAUUAGAGAGAAGCAUAUCAACCCUAACCGAGUUCUUUACAAUAGUAUAAUUCAAGCGUUUGGCAGGUGUGGGGAUUUAAGAACAGCCCUAAGCCUAGUGGAUGAGAUGAAUGCAAACAAAUUUUCUCUCAACUCGCAAUCCUUCAACUUUCUUCUUCAAGGCUGUAUCUCAGAUAAGGAGUCGGGAUUCAGACACGCUCUGCUUGUCUGGAGGAAUAUGAGAAGAAAAAGAGUUCAACCCGACAUUCAUUCAUUCAAUCUCAUGUUAAGGGCUGCGAACGAUUGUAAGCUAGGAGAUGGAUAUUGGGCGAAGGAUAUUCUGCUAGAAUCUGUUCAUUUAAAGGACAGAGAAAACAUGGAGCAAAAACUUCUGACAGCUACAGAAGAAGUUGAGGUUCAAACUAUAAAUGUAGAAGAAGACAUCAACUGGUGGGAUCUAGAUAUCAAACAAUCACAGGAGUCAAAUCUUGUCAAAAAGAUGGAUUCCAGAUUACCAAGUUUAUUAGAAGCCUCUCCAAACCUAGAAAACGUAGUUUCACUUCGAUUAGAAGAUACUCCGAAGAAUAGAUUGAUGUUGCUUGGCGACAUAAAUACAGUCAUCAGAAUUAUGCAGGAGGACAAGGUGAGGCCAAUCCUGAAGACCCUGCAGACCUUGUUGUUGAACCUGAACACGGCCGAGGCUGAGAGGACGGUUCUCUCCCUCGUGGAGGAGUUAGAUAUUCAACCAUCUACAGAGUUCUAUAAUCAGGUGAUUCGACAGCGCGCUCUACGGUUUGAUUACGAGGGAGGUAUCUCCACCCUGUCUCUGAUAACGGAGAAGAACCUUAAACCUGAUAUUAUCACAUUCGGUUGUCUGGCCAUGUGCUGUUCGUCUCUUAGGACUGGACUAAAAUUAUUAUCUGAUCUCAACAAAUAUGGAGCUAAACCUAACACAGAGAUAAUGGGAACUCUAAUCAAGGGAGCAGGAGAAAGAUUAAAUCCACGCGAUGUCAGAAAAUACCUUGAAGUAGUCAAAUCUGAGAAGAUACUUGUGAACAAGACGAUGCUAAACCAUCUCCAUAAUUUCUACAACAACUUCAGGCAUAAUAUCAAAAUAAAGGAAAAGGGAGGCUAUGUACCGUACACUGUUGUACAAGAUAUGAAGAACGGGUAUGCUGAAUGGAAGGAAUUUACCAGAUAUUACAAGGAUUGGCUUGUAGAGGUGAAACUAGAAGAAAACGUGGAUCCAUUGGAUCAAUACAAAACUACAAAGGAAGAAAACAAAGAGAAGGAGGAGAAGAAGGAGAAGAAAAGGAUUCAAAUGGAGAAAAGAGAAAAAUUUAAACAAAAAAAAGAAAAUUUUGAAGAUUAAAUAUAUUUCAGCUAGAAAAUGGUUGCAAACAAGAAGAAGAAGAAUACUGGGCUGAGUAGGGAGGAGCUGAUGAUGAUGUGUAUUGGAGAUGUUAUUCAGG